ACGACUGUUCGAACAACUGAUUCUACUACUUCAACACCCUCAAUAUUAUCAACAGGUUAGUAUAAAUAUGUGUUCAAAUAAACUUUUCAUAAUAUAAUAAAAUACAAUCCUAUUUCUCUUUUUAUGUAGAACCACCCUGUGUGUUAACAUUUGACCAAUGAAAUUUAUUUACAUUUAACCUCAGGUCUUCUUCUAUGCCAAUCAUCACUGAUGAUUUUAAUGGUGAUACUUAUCUCGAUCUUGCUCUCGUUGAUGACGAAUUGGGUAAUCUUAAUAUAUUUCUUGGGAAUAAUAAUGGAACAUUUACAGCACCAUCGAUAUAUGUUAUUGGAUCAGAUAAUGGUCCACAAUUUAUUACUGCUGGUGACUUGAACAAUGAUAAUUAUAUAGAUCUUGCUGUCGCGAAUAUUAAUUCUGAUACUAUAGGAAUCUUUUUUGGCUGUGGUAAUGGAACUUUUCAAGCACAACAGAUAAUUUCAACUGGAUUCGUUCAUUCACCCUUAAUAUUAGUAAUUGGUAUAAUGUUUGGUUUGGGUAAUGGUUAUUUCAGUAGCGCAACAGUUCUCUAUGAUGAUGAUGAUGGAUUGAAUGAAUAUUUAAUUACUGCCACUGAUUUUAAUAGUGAUACACAUAUAGAUCUUAUUGUCAGUUACUAUCCAGAUGGCAUGCUACGAAUAUUGAUUAAUAAUGGUGAUGGAUAUUUUUAUUUGUGGAUGACUUUGACUUUAGAAAAAUUUUCUACUAUAGACUCAUUUACUAUAGCUGAUUUAAACAAUGAUAAUCGAUUAGAUUUAGUUGUUGCUAAUUCAAAUAAAAAUAACAUAGCUAUUUUCAUUCAGAAUAAUAAUGGAAGUUUUGGCCAACAGACAACAUAUCCGACAGGAGUAUAUGGUAGUAUGUGGACGGUUGUUGUCGGUGAUUUUAACAAUGAUGGUCAAAUUGAUCUUGCUGCUACUCUCCUUCUUAGACAACAAGUAAUUAUUUGGGUGGGUAUUGGCAAUGGAACAUUUUUAGAGCCAUCCAUGUUUUCAACUGAAUCUAUUAGUGCACCGACUACAAUGAUUACAGGUGAUUUUAAUAGUGAUAAUAAAUUGGAUUUUAUUGUAUUAGAUAUGUAUUCAGCCAAUGUACUUAUUUCUAUCAAUACAUGUGAUUGUUGUAUACAAAAUAUUUCGAAGAAAUAA